AUGAAGCUCAUCAUCUUCACUUUGUUGGUGGGUGCUGUCUACUGUAUUCCUGUCGACAAUGGGGUAGAAGGUGAACCUGAAGUGGAAUGUGGUCCCACAGCGAUUACCGUCAACUUCAACACCCGAAACCCGUUCGAAGGGCAUGUCUACGUCAAGGGUCUCUACGACCAGAAGGAAUGCCGUAACGAUGAAGGAGGACGACAAGUGGCUGGAAUCGAACUGCCAUUCGACUCUUGUAACACGGCCAGAACCAGGUCUCUCAACCCUCGAGGAGUUUUCGUCUCAACCACCGUUGUCAUCUCGUUCCAUCCACAGUUCGUAACGAAGGUCGAUCGAGCCUACAGAAUCCAGUGCUUCUACAUGGAGUCCGACAAGACCGUCAGCACCCAAAUCGAGGUCUCAGAUCUGACCACCGCCUUCCAAACACAGGUUGUACCAAUGCCAAUCUGUCGUUACGAGAUUCUCGAUGGAGGACCAUCUGGACAGCCCAUUCAGUUUGCCACCAUCGGCCAGCAGGUGUACCACAAAUGGACUUGUGACUCCGAGACCACCGACACCUUCUGCGCAGUCGUGCACACUUGUACUGUCGACGAUGGAAAUGGUGAUACCGUACAGAUCUUGAACGAAGAUGGUUGCGCCCUUGACAAGUUCCUGCUCAAUAAUCUUGAGUAUCCCAGCGAUCUCAUGGCAGGCCAAGAGGCUCACGUCUACAAAUACGCCGACAGAUCGCAGCUGUUCUACCAAUGCCAGAUCAGUAUUUCCAUCAAGGACCCUGGAAGUGAAUGCCCUCGACCACAAUGCGCUGAACCAACUGGUUUCGGAGCCGUCAAGCAGGGUACUCCUAGGACUGAUGCGGCCGCUGCCGGUGCAGCUGCAGGAGGUGGAGCAGCUCCAGCAGCUGGAGCAGCUCCAGCAGCUGGAGCAGGCGGUGCUGCUGGAGGAGAUGCCGCGGGAGCUGCUGGAGCUGUUGGAGCUGCCGGAGCUGCCAGAGGAGCUGCAGCUGGAACGGUUGCUGGAGCCGCACAGCUGAGACUGCUCAGAAAGAGACAAGUCAACAAUGAGGCUAUUCUGGAUGUACGAGCUGAAAUUUCGGCCCUUGAAAUUACCGACAACGAAUCGCUGCCAUCGUCACUGCGGACUCUUUUGCCAGCUGCCCUCGUCAGCAACGACCGUUACGACUCCUCCGUCUGCCUUUCACCACUCUCAUUCGCUGCUUUCAUCGGUCUCGGAAUCCUUCUGGCCACUGCUCUCUCGACAUUUGUCUUCUACUUUGCACGACCCCAUCACAAAUAUUGA